AUGAAGAAGAAUAUAUCCAAAACAAGACAGAAAGAACUAGAAUUCAAAUUUCUUUAUUUUAAACUCCAAAAAUUGAUUAACAAAAAGGUGAUUAUAUCUUUGAAGUAUGAACAGUUGAAGCAACCAGAAAUUAUUUUGACAUUGAUCAAACCCUUGACUGUCAGAAUCAUUGAAUACGCUAAUAGCAACAAUCUUAAUUAUAGAAUAACUAAGAGUAGUGACUUCAGAACUAUGGUUGAAAACAAAAUCUCCAUCUUGACCAUACAUGUGUUAUUGUUGAUCAGGUAUGAGUUAUUGAUACAAUCCAAGAGGAACUUGAUUAUAUAUGAUUUAUUGAUAACCAAAGCUAUGGUUUGUGAAUUAUUAGCCAUCAGAUUGUUGAGAGAAUAUAAAUCUUUUGACAGGGUUAAUGUGUUGUUUGUUGAUCCUUUGAAGAAGUUCAAUACCAUCGAAUUAUCAGUUUUAUCUAAAUCAAAGAAAUUCUUGUCUCAACCCAUCAUUAUUCAAAUCUUAAAUAAGUUCUAUAAUGGGGAAUUAAUGAUUGAUGCUAAAAAGGAAGAUGAUUAUCAUGAGCAAAGCCCUCUCAUAAAUGAGAACAUCAGUAACUACAAGUAUCAAAAGAUUACAUUGAGUAAGAUUCAUCACAGGUUGAUCAAUGUGCCAAAAUAUCAAUCAUUAGUAAUUAAUUUGAAGAAUCUCUUCUUCACCUUCCUCCAUAUCUCCAUCAUUUUGAAUCAACAUACCAAGGGAAUCCCACCUGCAUUUCUUGAAAUCCCAUAUAUGUUGAUGGGGAUCAACUUUAAUUAUGAAUUCUUCAUGAAGAUUUGGUAUAUCAAUAAUAGUUUUUUGAAAAAAAUCGUUUGGUUCUAUCUUGAUUUUUUCAUUGUAUUAUUGAUAGAUAUCAAUUUGAUUUUGAAGUUUUUUGUGAUUUUAGAGAAGUUCGACAAUAAAUUCUAUUAUGAAGUAUUCAGUUUGUUAUCGAUUUUGAUUAUUCCUCGAAAUUUGUCAAUCUUUAACAAUUACAGAUUCUUCAAUCUUAUCAUAUUGAGUUUCAAAAAUAUGUUUUUGAAUAUGAUUGGGUUGUUUUUCUUAUUUUUAUCAAUAAUUGUUGGAUUUUACAUUGCAUUCAUUUCCUUAAAUUUUAAUAGAUCCAACUACCAAAUUGCUUUUGAUUUGUUACAGAUCUUCUUCGGUUUCACCCCUGCGGUAUGGACAAAUUGGGACAGUUAUCACAACCUUGGGAAAUUCAUUCAGAUCAUGUACCUUUUCAUGAGUCAAUUCAUUAUCUCAUCAAUCUUAGCUAUUGUUUUAUCAGAAGUAUUCUCCAAUGUUUCUGUUAACAUCAAAGAAGAUUUUGAAUAUUUCAGAACUGUCAAUUUGAUUAUUUAUUUCCAAACGUCAAAAUUAUCCAUCAAAAAUUUUACCAAAUACCCCAUACUUGUUGUAAUUUUUAUCUAUGAAUCCAUAAGUUCACAUUUCAGUCAUGAAACGGACGAUAAGUCAUUCACAUUUAUCGAUAAAGAAGAAUUCUAUAAUGAUCAAGAGUUGAUGAAUUUGGAUAACGAUGAUGAUUCAAGUGUGUUCAUAAAAUCAAGAAAAGCCUCGAGUCAAAAUCCUUUCGCUUUACAACCAGUGAUUUCGAAUAUUGUUCCAUCAAUGGCAUCAAGAAGAUACAGUCAAGUUGAUAAUAAUCAAUUUGUUCAAAGUCCAGUUAUCGGACCCUCUACUACUGCAGCUAUUAAUUCAGGAAAUCCCUCGGUACCUGUUGGAGACACCCCAGGAUUAUUACCAGUACAAUCAAUAUCCACUUUGGGAAACUUUAAGAGUGCUUCGACAGAUUCUCUUUUCAUCGACGACAUUUUGUCAAAGAAAUACGGGUCAAAUUUGAUUAAAACUAGAACCAAAAAAGAGGUCGAUCUUUCCAUCAUCAUCGAUAAGUUGAACAAUUUGGAAGAUAAAAUUGAUAAGUUUGAACAUGUGAAUGAGCAAGAUGUCAAUCAAACCAUUUUGAACGACAUUGAAAAUGAUUCUAGCUCCAUUAACUUAUACAAUAUAGUGGAAACAUCUUUUGAUGGACAAUCAAUAAAUUCAGAAGAGUUAAGCGAUGAUACAUAUUAA